CAUAAACUUUGCUUUUCCUGCAUUCGCCAUUUUAUACUUAAUUCAUUGGACGGUGCAGAUCGUCGUGUCUAUCUAAUUUUCUCUUUGAUCCCCGUCAAAGUCCAUCAUGUUUAUCUUCAACCUCCCUCUUCUUCUUCGUCUCCGAAGCUUGUAAGGCUCUGAAUCAGCCAUGGAUUUGGACCUUGAAAAGCGUGGCAAAAGAAGGAAAGCCACGAAGGAAAACGAUGAACAACAACGGCCGACGGCGAUGGAAACUCUUCCGAACGAGAUCAUCGUCGACAUACUCUCGAGGCUUCCGAUCACGUCCUUGGUGCAGUUCAAGUUCGUAUGUAAGCGAUGGCGUGCUCUAGCUCAAGACCCUGUUCUCGCCGAUAUGCAUCUCUCGUUGAAAGCCGAUGGAAAUGAUUCCUGCCUUAUUCUUCACUGUGAUUUUCCUAUACGAAACCAGCUUUAUUUUCUGGAUUUAUCGGCUUACAGUCAAGAUAAAGAGAAGGUAAAGAGGUUAUAUGUACCUUUCCAAGCUACCAUGCCUGAAUUUGAUGUUGUAGGGUCCUGUAAUGGUUUGUUAUGCUUGUCUGAUUCAUUAUACAACGAUGCACUUUAUGUCCACAAUCCUUUCACCGUGGAUUACACCGAGCUACCGAAAUCUAGACAGUACACUGAUCAAGAACUCGUUUUCGGAUUCGGAUUCCAUCCGAAAACGAAUGAAUACAAGGUAGUUAAGAUAGUUUACUAUAGGAAUACUAGUAGUCAUAGUUACAGUCGUGCCCGGAGAACCGUUUAUUCGCAAUCGGAUGUUCAAAUUUUCACAUUGGGAAGCUCUUCAUGGAGGAGUCUAGGGAAAGUGUCGUAUCAGUUCGUAAGGCGGCUUUCGGAGGCGUUGGUUAACGGAAGGCUUCAUUGGGUGAGCAGGCCUAGGCGGUACCAUCCGGCUCGUCGGAUUGUGUCGUUCGACUUAGCCGAUGAACAAUUCCGGGAAGUCCCGAAACCGGAUUGCGGCGGUCUCAAUAGGUGUAACUUUCAUCUCUCUGUUUUACGAGGUUGUCUUGCCGUAGCUGUUUAUGGGAAUUAUGGUAAGUUGGAGAUAUGGAUCAUGAAGUGUUACAAUGACAAGGAAUCUUGGGUUAAGGAGUUCACAAUUGGAGCUUACACCCCCAAGUGUUUGAAGCUAAAUUUCGAUCGAGAUAGACCGUUGAAGAUAUGGAAGAACAACGGCUCCAACGGUAAAGCCGUCCGAGUUCUUUGCUUGCUCGAAAACGGCGAGGUGUUGCUGGAGUAUAAGAACAGGGUUCUGGUGUCUUAUGAUCCAAAGAAGGGGAAAUUCAGAGAGCUUGCGGUUCAGGGGAUACCUAAUUGGUUCCAAACAGUUGUUCAUACAGGCAGUUUGAAUUGGCUUUGAUUGUGAGUUGGUUCGGUUCAUCUCUUUUAGUUAUGCAUUUCAAUGCUUUGUUUGUACUUGUUCAAUUCAGCUUUGUUUCUUACAUUGACACAC